AUGGCUGAAGAUCAACCUCGAAGAGUCACCCUUGAGGACUACUCUAGUUCUACUGUGCCGCAAUUCUUCACAAGCAUAGCGCGGCCAGAGGUUCAAGCACAUAACAUUACUUAUCCUCAUUCUUUGAUACAGCUAAUACAGGGCAAUUUAUUUCAUGGCCUACCUAAUGAAGACCCUUAUGCAUACCUAGCAACCUACAUUGAAAUUUGUAAUAUAGUCAAGAUUGCAGGUGUAAUGGAAGACACAGUUAGACUAAGUUUGUUCUCCUUUUCACUAUCUGGGAGGCCACAAUCAAAGCAACUGCUUGAUGCUUCUGUUGGGGGGAAAAUUAAAUUGAAGACCCCUGAAGAGGCCAUAGAAUUGAUUGAAAAUAUGGCUGCAAGUGAUCGCGCUAUCUUGCAUGAUCGAACACAUAUUCCCACCAAGAGAAGUCUACUAGAGCUCUCAUCCCAGGAUGUAUUGUUGGCACAAAACAAGUUGCUCUCCAAGCAGCUUGAGAAUUUAACUGAAACAUUAAGUAAGUUGCCAAAUCAAUUUCAUGUUAAUCAACCUUCACAUUCCACUGUUUUGCAGGUUGGAGGUUGCAGCAUUUGUGGUGGAGCUCACGAGUCUGGAUGUUGUAUUCCCAUAGAUGACACAACUCAGGAGGUAAACUACAUGGGGAAUAAGCCCAGACCUAAUUUUAAUGCAAGUGGAUAUUCAGGUUUUCAACAUGCUCAGAAUUAUAACCAGCAACAAAGACAAUAG